ACCCACUCUAUAGUCUAGACCUUUUUUGUUUGGUCAAUUCGAGUUCUCCUUUUAAAAACCUUGUUUUCUACUCUUCUCCCAUUGGAAUACUAGAAACCAUUCUCUUCAAAUUCUCAAUCUCAUAGCAUAGAAAAUCAAUCAAUAAUGGAGCUGGCUUUGAGCUUAGGCGACACACCAAAAGCAUUCUCUUUGUUUGAAAACCCCACAAAAUUACCCAACAAAAGUUUCUGCAUACCACUUGAAGAACAUGGUUUAGCUGAAAAAUCCUUAGACCAAAAAAUUGAUUCCUCAGAUCCACGUCCACCCAUUCAGCUCAACCUUCUUCCUUCAACACCGGUCCUUCGCUCCCAGCCUUCUCCACUUCUUCGAAUUCCCUGGCUCAACAGUGCAAUUGGUGUGGAACCGGCGAGGGUGUCGGACGUGAACCAAUUCCGGUUGGCGUCAGUGGAGGAUACUACCGACGAGGGAGCUGCAGUUUCAUCCCCGAAUAGUGCAGCGUCAUAUUAUCAGAUGGAUUUUUCUAUAAUGAAUGGUAAUGGAGAUGCUGAAGCCAGAAACAGUAGUCGAGAAGAGGGUGCGGAUAGAAAUACUAGCGAUGAUGAAGAAAAUGGGUCAACAAGGAAGAAACUCAGACUCUCUAAGGAACAAUCAGCUUUUCUUGAAGAUAGCUUCAAAGAACACACCACUCUCAAUCCUAAACAGAAACUGGCUCUGGCAAAGCAAUUAAAUCUUCGUCCACGUCAAGUAGAAGUUUGGUUUCAGAAUAGAAGAGCAAGGACCAAGUCAAAGCAAACGGAAGUGGAUUGUGAAUACUUAAAAAGAUGUUGUGAGACUCUGACAGAAGAAAAUAAAAGAUUACAAAAGGAACUUCAGGAAUUGAGAGCUUUGAAAACUUCUCAACCAUUCUACAUGCAACUUCCAGCUACCACUCUCACUAUGUGUCCUUCUUGUGAAAGGGUCGCCACCAACACCACCGGAACCACCACCACUAAACAAACCACCUCGAUUACCACCGGUGGGCACCGCCAACAAUAAUAACGGUUCUUAUCAACUCUCUUUCAUGUUGUCUCUUGUGAAACCAAGAUUAUUGCCCUUAGCUAUAAUUGAUCAGAUUUUUCAUGAUAUAUGGUUGGCCCAAUUUUCUUAUUUUAGAUAUAAUUAAUCAAUGAGUGAUAUAUCAAAUUAUCAUAAAGACAAAAAGAGUUGUAAUAUCAAAGAGGACAAAGAACAUUCAAAUUAUCAUUCGUUUGUUUUGUUCGUUAUUAUAUCUUCAGUGCAAUCGAUGGAAAGAAUGACUUUUUUUGUUUGUCAA